GCCACCAAACAAACAUAUUGCAAAGACUCGCAUUCACGUAACCCAUAGAAUAAAAAAGGCAAUCUAGAAAGCUCUGGUACCCGAAACGGCUAAAAACUUUUGAAACCAUAACUCUUUUCCAGCAACAAGUUCCAUUUGCAAACUUCUCCACUAUCAGACAAACGAAACGACAUCGCAACUCAUACACACAAAACUAUGUCACUAGUCCCCGCCCCACCACCAUCACAGCCUGACGGGCCGCUCUUCGCCGAGGUCGACAUGGGUGGCGACUCCUUCGCACCCACCAUGCGAGCGACCGUCGUCCAAGCUUCGACCAUUUUCUACGACACCCCUGCUACUUUAGAUAAGGCGGAGAGAUUGUUGGCUGAAGCAGCAGGGUACGGGUCCCAGCUGGUGCUGUUCCCUGAAGCCUUCAUCGGAGGAUAUCCACGUGGCUCGAAUUUUGGUGUUACCAUUGGGAACCGAACUGCUAAAGGGAAAGAAGAGUUCCGGAAGUAUCAUGCUUCAGCUAUUGAUGUUCCUGGUCCUGAAGUUGACCGUUUGGCAGCCAUGGCUGGAAAAUAUAAGGUGUACUUGGUUGUGGGUGUCAUAGAGAGAGAUGGAUAUACUUUAUAUUGUACAGUUUUGUUUUUUGACUCUCAAGGUCGGUUUCUGGGUAAGCACCGAAAAAUCAUGCCCACAGCAUUGGAGCGUAUAAUUUGGGGAUUUGGAGAUGGAUCAACAAUUCCAGUUUUUGAGACUCCAAUUGGAAAAAUAGGUGCUGCCGUUUGUUGGGAAAAUAAAAUGCCACUUCUAAGGACAGCAAUGUAUGCAAAAGGUUGGAUUUUUGGACCUAUAUUUAUAUUUUAAUGCUAAACUAUAUUGCAGGCAUAUUGUAGAUAUCUAAUUUUGGUUAACUAUUUUGAAGUACUUUGUUAUAAA